UCCUUGUUGGUAGAGCGCGGCUUGGGUGGGCUCGCUGUAUACAUCCUAGGCCUCAGCCAGACAGGUCGCCGCGUUCCAUCCGGGUACACGAGGCGCCACACCGUGUUGGCGAUGGAUAACCAAGCCAGCGAUCCCUCGGCAGGGUUUAUGUUGGCACCGGCAGCCCCUGGCUUUCAGGAUUAUAGCACCUAUAGCCAGGCUGGUGCCCAACAGAGCUAUGGUGCUUAUUCUGCUCAGCCAGCUCAAGGAUACACACAGACUGCUCAGGCAACCUAUGGACAACAGAGUUAUGGCACUUAUGGGCAGCCUACUGAUGCCAGUUACACACAGGCACAAACCACUGCCACUUAUGGUCAAUCAGCUUAUGCUACUGCUUACGGACAGCCUCCUGCUGGUUAUACUGCUCCAGCAGCACCCCAGGCCUACAGCCAGCCUAUACAAGGCUAUGGAGCAACAGGUUAUGACAGCAGCACUGCAACCACCGCCACCACCCAGGCUUCAUAUGCUGCACCUACUGCUUAUGGUGCCCAACCAGCAUACCCUUCCUAUGGACAGCAGCCUGCAACCACUGCUCCAGCAAGACCUCAAGAUGGAAGCAAGCCAGCAGAUACAAGCCAGCCUCCACCAAGUACAGCCACAUAUGCACAGCCCAGCAUGGGCUACAGUCAAAGCAGCUACAGCUAUCCCCAGGUCCCAGCCACCUACCCCAUGCAACAAGUGACUGCUCCACCAUCUUACCCACCAACUAGCUAUUCUACAUCACAGCCAUCGAGUUAUGAGCAGAGUUCCUAUUCCCAGCCAAGCUCUUACACGCAGCAGAGCAGCUAUGGACAGCAGAGUUCCUACUCACAGCAGAGUAGCUAUGGCCAACCAAGCAGUUACGGGCAACAAGGUGGUUAUGGCCAGCAGAGCAAUUACCAGCAGCAACAGCAGCCACCUCAACAGCCACCUCCCACAAGCUAUCCUCCCCCCCUUCAUCCUCUUAUGGCAGCCAGCCACCCAGCCAGUAUGGGCAGCAGAGCAGUGGCUAUAGCCAGCAAAGUAGUUAUCGUCAAGACCACCCAAGUAACAAAGGGUCCUAUGGGCAGAACCCCACCAAGGUUAUUCUGGUUCUGAAGGCCGCAACUCUGGAGGCUCGGAUUCCCGCGGUAGGGGCCGGGGCAUGUAUGACAGAGGUGGCAUGAACCGUGGCGGUAGGGGAGGCCGUGGAGGCAUGGGCGGUGGAGAUCGAGCUGGCUUCAGUAAGCCUGGUGGACUUCUGGAUGAUGGUCCUGAACCUGACUUCGCACCCCCUGUUGAACAACCACAAGAAGAAGAACCGGAGAACAGCACUAUUUACAUGCAGGGUCUAAAUGAAAAUGUGACUGUUGAAGAGUUGGUGGAGUUUUUUAAACACUGUGGGGAGGUCAAGAUCAACAAAAGAACUGGGCAGCCUCUAGUAAACAUUUUUACGGACAAGGAAACUGGAAAGCCAAAGGGUGAUGGAACAGUUUCAUUUGAAGAUAUGCCUUCAGCUAAAACUGCUGUGGAACUAUGUGAUGGAAAAGAAUUUCAAGGAAAUAAAUUGAAAAUAUCUUUGGCUCGUAAGAAGGCUCCAACUAACAUGAGGGGUGGAUUAUUACCUCGUGAUGGUCGUGGGGGUCAGCCCCCACUCCUUAGGGGAGGUCCCAUGUCACGAAUGCCUGGAAGAGGAGGGGACCGUGGUGGUUUUAUGCCAAGAGGGCCACGUGGUGGCCCGCGUGGCAGCCCUGUCAGUGGGCCCAAUGUGCAGCACAGAGCUGGAGACUGGCAGUGUCCAAACCCCGGGUGUGGUAAUCAGAACUUUGCCUGGCGGACAGAGUGUAAUCAGUGUAAGGCUCCAAAACCUGAAGGCUUCAUUCCGCCUCCAUUCCCACCCCCAGGUAAUGAAAGAGGUAGAGGUGGUCCUGGUAUGAGAGGAGGCAGAGGUUUGAUGGACCGUGGUGGCCCUGGUAUGUUCAGAGGUGGACGAGGAGAGACGGGGAGGCUUCAGAGGUCGGGGAAUGGACCGAGGAUUUGGCGGAGGAAGAAGAGGUGGGCCACCUGGUCCCCCAGGACCUCUCUUGGAGCCGAUGGGAGGAAGAGGCGGUGGAGGAAGACGUGGUGGUCCUGGCAAGAUGGAUAAGUAA